CUAUUAAAUCCCGAGUUUGCAGGGAUCGGGAUUGAUCCGAGACCCCACGGGGUAACCCCCUCCCCUAGUUCUCUUAGAUAAUGGUUUGAUGUAGAUUGACGACCCGACCGGGAUCGCUUCCCUAGAGGAGUGAUCAGCUGGAUAAUCAGAAAUGUGAUACGCGUCGGAAUAGACUCGGAAGUCUUCGACGUCUAGACUUCCUGCGAGAUAUGGUAUUUCCAUCCUUUCAGGAGGCCGUUUAUGGCUUCACAAGCCAAAUAGGUAUGAGUAUAAAGAUGUCAUCUCCAUACCAUCUUCUACGAUAUUUCCUACGACUCCUCAUUAAGGAUAACCUCAAAGACAAGACACCAGAAUCUUAUCUUGUUGCAUCAUUGCCACAAUAAACAUGCCUGCCUUAACUAUUGAUUCACCCAUCGCCUCGCCCAUUGUGGCCCCCAAGGCGCCUCACGUCAUUGGACCUAAGACCAAGAAGGCUACCCGACCGACCACUCAGAUCCCUGAAUUCUUGAUCGAGGAAGCCCGCAAGACGCAGCCUGAGGCGUGGGAUCCAAAGAAACAUGUUGCAUACCAACCCCCAGCCAAUAUCCACACCAUGCGUGAGAUAGGCAUUGAGGGACAUGGUAUUUCUCCUAAUGCUGUCUCCGACCCCUUUCCCCUGUUUAGCCAGGAUGCUAUGCAACAGAUGAGGAGAGAGAUCUUCAGUGAGCCUGUACUUCGGGACUGCCGAUACAGCUCUGACUUCAUUGCGAACAUGGUUCGGGGCAUGGGCCAUGAACGGGCCCCAUUUACUUACAACGCCUGGUACUCACCCGAAGUCCUUGGUAAGAUAUCCGAAGUUGCGGGUAUCGAACUAAUCCCAGCCUUCGACUACGAGGUCGCCAAUAUCAACAUCUCGAUUAACGACCAGAAUGCCCAGAUACUGACUGGCAGUGACAAGACCGCGUCGGUCGCCUGGCAUUAUGAUAGCUUUCCUUUCGUCUGCGUUACCAUGGUUUCGGAUUGCUCGGAUAUGGUUGGUGGAGAAACAGCUAUUCGACUCCCUGGCGGCGAGAUCAGAAAAGUCCGGGGCCCUGCUAUGGGCACCGCUGUUGUCAUGCAAGGACGGUACAUCUACCACCAAGCCCUCAAAGCAUUCGGAGGCCGCGAACGAAUCGCGAUGGUUACUGCUCUACGACCAAAAUCGCCCUUCGUUCGUGACGAGACUAUCCUCACAGGUGUUCGUGGCAUUAGCAACCUCGCCGAGCUCUACCCACAAUACACGGAAUAUCGAUUGGAGAUCCUAGAAGAGCGUUUCCGUGCUAAGUUGAAGGAGGAACGCCGUCGAGAAAUCUCGCGUCAUCCUUUCAAUGUGACGGAAAUCAGAGCUUUCUUGACGGAGCAGAAGGAAUAUUUGGAGUCCAUGUUAGAACAGAUGUACGAAGUUGAAUAA